GGGGUUCGGUGGUGACUGGACUGUUGCACUACCUGCGGUUGUGUGAAUAACACAUAACAAAACACUUACAUUAACACUAACAUUAAAAACAUUAACAUGUGGCAAUGCCAUCGCUUAUUCUCUUGAAUCGAGGAAAGCAGCAAUCCUUGCUUGCUUGCUUCCUUCCAGUUUUCUGACCAAACUGUCUCCAUUCAUUCACUCAUUCAUUCAUUCAUCCAAAUCAAAAUGCUCACUCGCUUUCUCUAAUCUUUCCCAUUCUUUCUAACAGAUCAACUCCAUUUUCUCUCUCUCUCUUUCUCUUCCUUCAGCCUGUGACUCUUCUUCUUCUUCUUCUGCUCCUCCUAUGUCACCUAUCAAAGUUGCUGCUUUUCUAUGCAAGCCACUUAAAGCUAAAAGCUUUCUUUGACUAGCUCUCUAUUCUUGCUCCUUAUUAGGUGGGUUUGCUUGCUUUUCCAUCACAAACUUCAGGUGUUCUCUUCUAGCUAGGCUUGCAGUGUUGCCACCAUGAUAAAGCAAAUUCUUAGCAAAUUACCGAAGAAGGUUCCGAAAUCUGAUUCGUCAGACUCUGGGAGGAGUGAAUCCGGGAAUACUACUACUUUUGGGAAUGUCUUUCAAUGCACAAAUGUUGGAAGUACCAUUUCAAGCAAAUUAAAUGUUGUGAAGCGGGUGUCUUCGGUUGUUUUCCCUGCGAGCAUGAAUACUGGAGUGGAGGCAAUUGACCCUUCUCUAUCCUUCAAAGACGUUUCGAAUACACAGAAGCAAAGCCUGUUUAUUAGUAAGUUGAACCUUUGCUGCAAAGUGUAUGAUAUGACUGAUCCUGAUAAGAACUGCAGCGAGCAAGAUCAAAAGCGUCAAACCUUGUUAGAGCUAGCUGAUUUUGUAUCUUCUGGAUCUGUGAAGUUUACAGAACCAUCAAUUGCUGCACUGUGUAAAAUGUGUGCAGCUAAUUUGUUCAGGGUUUUUCCACCCAAGUUUCGUACAAGUACUACAGGUGGCGAAACAGAAGAUGACGAGCCUAUGUUUGAUCCUGCUUGGUCUCACCUGCAAAUAGUUUAUGAUCUACUCCUUCAGUUCAUCAAUUAUAACUCACUUGAUGUGAAGGUGGCAAAGGCACAUGUAGAUCAUGCCUUUAUUUUAAGACUACUUGACCUUUUUGAUUCCGAGGAUCCCAGAGAAAGAGACUGCUUGAAAACAAUUCUGCAUAGAAUCUAUGGGAAAUUCAUGCUCCACAGGUCUUUCAUCCGGAAAUCGGUCAGCAAUAUCUUCUACCGAUUUGUUUUUGAGACCGAACGGCAUAAUGGAAUUGCCGAGCUGUUGGAGAUUUUUGGGAGUGUGAUCAGUGGUUUCGCCCUGCCAUUGAAGGAAGAGCACAAGUUAUUUUUGUGGAGGGCUCUACUUCCUUUGCACAAACCGAAAUCCAUUGGUAUUUAUCAUCAGCAGUUAACAUAUUGCAUUGUACAGUUCAUAGAUAAGGAUCAAAGACUUGCUAGCUCUGUGAUAAAGGGACUUUUGAAGUACUGGCCAGUAACAAAUAGCCAAAAGGAGCUAAUGUUCAUAAGUGAGUUGGAAGAAGUUUUGGAAAUGACUAGCAUGCCUGAAUUUCAGAAGAUUAUGGUUCCGCUUUUCCGACGGUUAGGUUGCUGCCUUAAUAGUUCUCAUUACCAGGUGGCCGAACGAGCACAUCUGCUAUGGAACAAUGAGCACAUCCUAAAUCUCAUCACACAGAACCGGCAGGUGAUCCUGCCGCUCGUCUUCUCGGCGCUUGUACAUAACUCUCAAAGCCACUGGAACCAAGCGGUACUCAACUUAACUCAGAACAUCAGGAAGAUGCUGUCUCAGAUGGACGAAGACCUCGUACUCGCCUGCCAGCGCAAGUUUGAGGAGGACGACGCGAGGUCAAGUGCCGUGGCCGAGAGGCGAAGAAUAACAUGGGAGCGCCUAGAGGAAGCAGCUGCCCGCAUCCAAUCCAUAGGAGGCGGCGGCAGCGGUGGUGGUGACAUUUUGGUUCCAGUAAAAUCAGCUUCAACCGCAUGCUCUGUGGCCUGCUGAUAAGAGUCAUGAACCAUAAUAUGAGAUAUUAUGUUAAGGUUCCUAAUAUUACAUAGUGGUGUGGUUCUUCAGUUCUUUUUUUUUUUACUUCUACCGAUGUUAAGUUAUCAUUGCCAAAAAUGCCAGUUAGGGAUUUUAUGUAAAAAUCAUCUAGUAUAUACGUUUUCAAAUAGAAUUGUGAUGAGGGGUGUUGGUAUUUCACAAAAAAGAACAAAACUUUAUGGUGAGUUAGGUGAUAUUUUUUAUUUUUGGUUUGGAGGGAACAUGGGGUGUAUGUUGUGUAGUGUCGGUGGCUUAUUCGUGCAUGCAAUUAUUUUUGGCAGUGUCAGCACUCAGCACCCUCUCCUCUUCUCAUAGCCUUAGACUCUUUAUUUGGUGUUUCUUUCUCUUCUUAUUACCCUUAUGGCCCCCACCCUUUUGCCCCCUUUACCCUGCCAAUGUAACCUAAAAUGUGGUGGCAUUCCUACGAACUCAUUGGCCAUAUUCAAUGUGGAUGCAUGCCUUCGGCAUCUCUCUCCUCUCUCUCUCUUUCUAUUUUAUAUUCUGAAUUCACUACUUGGUCUAAGCUAUGUUUCUUGAAAGCUCUAGUUAGGCUUAGUGUUUUUCUCAAUUGGAUUUUUUUUAAUAAAAAUAUAUGGUGAAGGACAAUAGGGGAAAUGGACUUACUAUUUUAUUUUUGUCAUUUUGCUUAAGAGAAAGUGUUGAAUAAAGUUAGUGAGACCUCGUUGUCUCUCACCUACUCUGGCUGGUCUCUGAAAUUUGUUUAUGUUAUGUGAACUGCCAAAGUUGCUAUUUAGUAGUUAGACCAUUUCUUCGGUUGUCUUCUAAUUGCUAGCCUUCUAGUAAACUAU